GUCAACUCCGCAAAAAUCUAUAUUAGUAGCUUACUGUUCCUCGCCUACAUAGCCACUUGCUGACGUUUCAACUAACAUCGUUCGACGUUUGUUCAUAUCUAGACACGAAACAAAACAUGUAAACCAUUUAUUAAGUAUUGCCAAUUAUCAGAACACAACGCGUUGAUGAGCCACAUGAGGGGAAAUGUUCAUUUCGAAACGACGGGGACGGAUUUGAAUCCUGAGCUGAAUCCGGAUUUGCCCCACGGAGCAACGCCAGGUGAAAGCCACUCUGAUAUCAUUGGCGCCUAUCUUUCUAUACAAUAUGGCGUGAAGAUCGAGAGCCAAAGCCCAAGGAUUAGCCUGCUUCAAUACGAUGCAGCGGCCGGCCGUUCUCCAAUCUCAUCGGAGAGGUCCUCUUCUGGAACCGAUUCUGGGACAGAGCAAUCGAGGAUAGCAGCCUUUUAUCAUGAUUCAAAAUUGGCACCACUUCCUUUAAGACCCUUGAGCGCAUCGCAACAUGGUCAAAAAUAUUCCAUCCAAGAUGAAUCUCGGCCCCCAAACUCGACAGCAAACACUACUGCUCUAACUCCAGGGCUAACACGAGGACACAAGACCCCAACGCGUCACCAUCUUCCUCCAGGGGUAUGGGAACGUCAUAAAGAAGAGAUUCACAAACUAUACAUUGAACAGAAUAAGCCUCUAACUGAGUUAAUGGAAAUUAUGAGAAAGAAGGGCAUUGAAGCUACGCCUCGUAUGUACAAAGCCAAAUUUGCGCAAUGGGGGUUUGUCAAAAACAAUAAGCAAAAAGAUGUGGCAACGAUGUUACGACUACAACGCGAGCGAGGUGCUGUCGGCAAAACCACAGCAUUCCGUCGCCAUGGGAGGGAGAUCGACAUCGAAGCUUACAUGAAGCGAAAAGGCAUUUCGAAUUUUGACCUUGCUGCGCCUAUGACUGAUGCUGACUUGCCGGAUUACCUACGAGCGCUCACACCUCCGCCUGCUGAGCCUCAACAUAUGACUCUUCCAUCUCACCUUCAUGCACAAGAGGUCCUCGUUUCGUGUUUUAGAGAUCUCGCCCUGGGUUGGCAUGAUUCAACACCAGCGCCAGAAUCUUUCGAGGAUGACUUCAAUCUUUAUUUCGAUGGCGAGCUGUGCGAAGCUACGAGGGACUUUAGUCGAGCAUGCUGGUUCUUCUCAAGAAAUCACAAUUCCCAUGGUUCUUUGCUUAGUCAGCGCGCCUUUUCGUCAUUACACCUUAUUCUUAGAGCACCCUCGGCUCUUGGUCUCUUCGACCUACUAGUAGCUAGCGUCAUGUCCCCAGAUCAUGGCCUCAUUAAGGAACUAUGGAAGUAUCUUGCGGGAUAUGCGGAAGUGAUCCUAGGAUCAUCAAGUACUCUAUAUCGACUGUUCGCGGCUCUAAAUGAGGUCUUCAACAACAACUCACUACAAAUCGGAGUAGAUUUCAUGUUCAAUUGUAUGGAAAGUAUAAUCGGCAUGUUGCUAGAGACAAACGACUUCGCACAGACCGUGGUACCUUCUAUCACCUUUUUCUUGUUAGGAGACUUAAUUCUCUUCAACUCGUCAAGGACCAAUUUGCCAUCCCUUCAAAGGGCAGUGGCUUGCACGUCAAGGCUCUCUUCCAAGGGGAAGAAACCCUGCUCGAGUAUAGUAAGAUUCAUUGAACCGGCAGGGUAUCUCUGGCAACAUGGGCCUUACGAUGACCAUUCUGCCCAGCUCGCCUACUCAUCUCUUAACCUUAUAGAUGAGUUGCCUAAUCAGGACGAUUGGACGCACUGGGUAUCGUGGCGCGUCAUUGCGCACUUCCAUCGAAGCCGAUGCGAUGCAGGUGGCUCUACACUAGGACCACGACAUGCAUUGGCCAGAUAUGCCCUUGAAAAGGCCAUUGAUGCCACCGAGGCCGGACGUGGCUUCAGCGACUCGCAAAUAUUCGAAAACAUGGAAACUCUAGAAGCUUGGCAUCGCGAAGCAGGGGAUACAGCACAGGAAUUGGCUGUGCGGCAGCGGAGAGAGAAGGGAUUACACGAUUAUCUCCAGUCAUUACAACAAGGUAGCACAGCGACUCUACCCUAAACGAAAGGUUCGAGAUAAAGACUCCAGUCAUUUCUGACAUGUUCAGCCUUACGAAAGGCAAUUUUCUUGAUCGACAUGGAUGCGAACUCUACAUUCUACAGACACAUUGCAAGCGCGAGACAUAGAUAAAACGCCAGAAGUGCGUUAUAAUAAUUCGAGCUGCUAGACUUAAUCUGUAGACUCGAAAUGAUACGGUAUGUCUCAUAGGUAGCGAAUUAAAUAAUUAUAUUCU